AUAUAUAUAUAUAUAUAUAUAUAUAUAUAUAUAUAUAUAUAUAUAUAUAUAUAUAUAUAUUCCUGGCGUUUCAAUUAUUUUCCCCUUUUGUAGUUAUUCUUAUUUCCUGGUUUAUUUAGAAUUGUGUGUAUAUGUAUUUUGUUUAUUGGUUGGAUCCGUUAAUCGCCCUCGUUUUGUUAAUCCUUCCUUUCGUUUCGUAGUGCCGUGUGUUCGUUUGUGCAUUCAAAUCCUUAUUCGCGUGUUUUGUAUAGAAUGGUUUUCUUGUUCUUGUUACGGCGCGUGCGGAGCGCGGGACGUGACACCCCCGCCCUUGGAGUUCAAAUUUCCAAAGGAAAUUUGACUGAUGGUAUCUCUGAGUUCGCUCAAGGCGGACGUAGAUAUCGUUGGUAGUUGAGUGACUACCGGUGUUAUCGAUAUCCCUUGAGGUGCUGUUUGAUCCACGAUAUUUCGUCUUCGUUUGAGGUAUAGUAGCGGGUGGGUGACUGAGCCGCAUAUUGCUCCACAUUCGUAAGUUUCACGUAACUGGUAUCCGUGUGCGGCUAUAUCUAUUAUUGUCUUGAUUAGUUUAAAUAUUGCGAGUAUUCCAAAUAUUGCUGCACUGACAGUUCCAAAUUCCAUAAAACCAGUCCAUAAGCUUGAUACGGUAUUUUUCGCUAUUGUCGUUAAUGUGUUUUUGUCCAUCAUUCCCAGGAUGUUUACUGUUCCAGGGACGAUUGUUUUUCCUGUUGCUCCUCUGGCCAAUGCGUUCAAGACUGCAGAUUUUUCUGCCGGGAACAUGACGUGGUCCCGUAGUGCAUCGAGGUCUUUUUGGGUAUAUAUUCCGCUCGUGGCCAACGACGAUGGUGCUGAAUAUCGCCACGUUUGGCGCACGUCCGGGCGGAGUUCCUGUGAUUCUACUCAUUCGAUGUUGCGUCACUUACCUGGAUCAUUCCCACAACGUCAUCCAAUUCUUCGAUAUGCCUUGGAUACUUACUACGGUUGCCUUCAAUCGUCUUAUAUCUGUGGCUAUAAAGCUAUUUUAUUUCUUCUUGUUAAUCUGCGAAAUCCAUGCAUGUACACUUCCUUGUAUGGUGAUUGAUUGUUCACGAGUUUCCGCUAUCUGUGUCAUUCGACGAACAGUGCCACGCCUCCACAGCACCGUUAUAACAUUUAGCGAUGCUGCUCUUUGCAUUAAGGCAAUUGAAGUUAAUUCGUUCGUUUAUUUUCAGGUGGUACAUGGUGUUCCGCAAGCAGGGAGCCAUAACCUAUUCUGCAUGUAGACCUUCUUAUAUGAUGAUUACUUGUUUACAAGGUAACUUUCACUUUCCCUCUUUUAAUUAUUUAUUGAAUCAACACGUUGUAUAUUCAAACAAUAAUUGGAGUACACAUAAUAAUUUUCCCUUUUUUCUUUUUAGGUUUUCGCUAUCUGUAUUGUUCGACGAACAGUGUCACACCUCCUUUUGAUUUAUCCAUAAUAUAGUUCUAACAUUUAGUAACCUUGUAUUUUGCACUGAGACAAUUGAAACUAAUUUAUUCACUUAUUUUAGGUAGCUGUCAUACAUUGUGUUCCACGAACA